CAGAGAUAAGAAACUUGAAAGUUGUGGUCAGCCUUAGCGCCGAACGUCCUGGUUCUUCCAUGGAUCUAUCUAGCGUGGGGGAUACCGCACCACCAUAUAAGAGAUGCCGAUUGAAGAGAGUUAUUGAAUCUGUUAUUCUGAGCUUAAGAAAAAGGAAACGAGAAAACAGUGUAUCUCUAGGGUUAACGUGAUGGUUAACGAGGAGACAGAGGAGGAAAAAGGCCUCCCCUUACGCCCGGGAAACCCUGUUUGUGCCUCGUAUUUUCACACUGGAAGCUGCAUCUCCGGUCCUACUUGCAUUUUUGAUCACCCAUCGUUGAUACCAGUUCACAAGAACACAUCUUUUCACUUGAAUCAGCGAGGGUUUUCUUCUUCAAUUGGAGAUUCAUCAAGUGACCUUGUGGAACCAGCAACUAAGCAACGAAGUACACAGAAGAACAUAUCUGCUGUGGCUUCUAAGACACAGCACUUGAAUUCACUAGGAUUUUCUUAUUCAACUGGAGAAUCAUCAAGUGAGCUUGUGAAAGCAUCAACUAAGAAACCUCCAAUACGCAAGAACACGUCUUCUGUGGUUCCAAAGAUGACACCUUUCAAUCCUCUAGGAUUUUCUUUUUCGAUUGUAGAUUCGUCAAGGGAGCUUGUGGAAGCAUCAACUACGUCUGAGACAACACACACAAACGUUGGUGGAAACCCCUCUGGUUCUGCUAAGCCCAUGAGGAUCCGGAAGAGGUUGAAGGAAACAAAGCUUGAGAUGAAGGAAGGAGAGUUGGGAGAAGAAAUAUCUACUGAUGAAGAGAGUGAGUAUCAAUAUUUUACUUUGUUGUAGAAAAUACCUUUGGAUCAUUUUGUAAUUGGCUUGAAGAGAUUAUUCUCCCGAGAGGCAGUGCAAGAGUUUGUUCUUGUCACUGUAGAUAUUGUGUCAAUGUAGAUAUAUUAUAUUAAGAGUAACGGUGGAAGCACACCAUAAUGAGAUAAA